AUGGCUUCUUCCUAUUGCACUCCGGUGAUGAAUCAAGGAGAUAAUCCGAAUUGGGCGGAGCUUCCGCCUGAGCUGACGUCAUCGAUUCUACACCGGCUUGGUGCGAUUGAGAUACUAUAUAGCGCGCAGAAAGUUUGCAGAUCAUGGCGCCGCGUCUGUAAAGACCCUUCGAUGUGGCGGAAAAUUGAAAUGCGUAACCAUGUACAUAUGAUACUUAGCUUUGGAGACUUAGUGAAUAUGUGCCGUCACGCAGUUGAUCUUAGCCAGGGAGGCUUGGUUGAGAUCGAGAUUUGGCACAUCGCUACUUAUGAUCUCCUCAAGUACAUGGCCCAUAGUUGUAGUAAGCUGAGAAGUCUUAAACUUGCAAUGUGCUAUCAAAUAGGGAGCGAGGGACUUACAGAAGUAAUUGUGAAACUUCCUUUGCUUGAAGUCCUCGAGGUUUCAUACUGCUCAUUAUCGGGAGAGUCACUGAAAGUUAUAGGCCAGUCAUGUCAAAAUCUGAAGUCAUUAGGAAAAAACUGUGAGGGUUACAAGAGUCCUCGAAACGAGAGCGAUGGUGUUGCUCUAGCAAUCGCUGAAACAAUGCCUGGACUCACCCGCCUUCAGCUUUUCGGGGAUAGAUUAACAGACGUCGGUUUAAACGCCAUUCUUGACAGUUGUCCGAACCUGGAAUAUCUUGAUCUACGCCAGUGUUUCAUUGUUAACCUAGUUGGGGAUCUGGAGAAGCGGUGUUCCGAGAGGAUCAAAGUUUUGAGACGCCCUAAUGACUCGACUCAUGAUUACCCAUUUGAUGCAACGCUUAACGACGUGGAUCUGUCAAAAGAUGACUACUCUUAUGGUGGUGGUGUCUCUGAUGUUGAUGAAAUGUCGGAGGAUGAGUUUUACGAUGACCUCUCAGGUGCAAGUGACCAUUCUGACUUUGACCCGUUUGAUUAUUAG